AUGCACCUUGAGGUUGAAACUCUUAGAAAAAACGAGAAUGUGGUCAACUCAUAUUUUAUACAAUUCACCGGAGAAUUAUAUUCGUUAGUGUUGGUCAAUCGCGAUAGCGUGGAAGUGUAUGCUGUGAAAGACGCGAACAAGCCGUCUGUUAAGCUUGUGCACAAGGCACCUAUAUAUGAAGCCAUUGUUGCCAGUGCUAGUUUCAGACCCACCGAAGAGUCCAAGGAUUGGAUAGCAAUUCUCACUAGUCUGAAUCACCUCUAUUUGGUGACGUUUACAAAGAACCAGUUUGUGGUGGCAGAGGCGUUGGAUCUGGUCUCUCCAGAGCUGAGAAGAAGAAUCAAGGUUGACGAAGAUGCUGGGAUUGUUACGGUGCUGGAUCUUAAACCAUUUAUCGAGACAAGCCCCGAUGGAAAGGUGCUUGCGGUUUACUCUUGUCACGGAUUUUUGCAAGUGUAUCACUUCAAAGCGAACUCAAGUGUGUUCAGCCAGGUUAUGGGUGGGAGGCCAAUGGGUGAAAAUUCCCUGGAAAAACGUCUGAAGACAGAGAGGAUAGUUGAUUUGCCGCUGAUAAUACCACUCGGAGUGUUCACAAUAAUUGAAGUCAAGUUUCUGCACUCAAUUAAUGAAGAAACCUAUGCAAUUGCUUUUACUUCCAGAGACCAGAAUCUGAAGAGACACAUCUCAUACGUCCAAUUGACCAUUGGAGCAAACCAAAAGCUAGAAUUUACCAAAUUGCACACUUUUUAUCCCCAUCUGAAGAGUCUACCGAUUGCUAUGGUACCACUUUCUACUGGUGGAGUGACGUUGUUCUGCGAGAAAGAAUGCCUGGUUUUUCCAGCUCAACCCAAUUUUCCCUUCACUAAGAGCUCGGUACCACCAGAUUGUGAAAUCGAAGGUUUUGGCACUUCAAAGAGACUGGCAGUGCCUGUAAGAGCCUAUUGUUCGUUAAAUGAUUCCACGACUCUUCUGGUUGACAAGAAAGGAAUGUUAUUAAGUAUGACGCUUGAAUGUCAUAAUAGCAGGAUAUACCAUUGGAACCUUGUCCAGAUUGGUCUUUUGCAUGAAGCAGAUGAACUGGUGCAUAUCCGUGAUACUCUCUUCUUCACAAGCUCGUUCAACUAUGGCACUCGUCUGGUUAGGCUCAGAGAUCACAUAGAUACGUUUGAGAUCGCUAAGCAAUUCGGUGAGAUUGUGGACUUUUACUCUUUUAAAGAAGGCUAUGUGCUAAGUGAAGGCAGUAUUGAUAAUCACAGACUUCUAUUUACCAGGAAAAACCGCGAAUUUGUGAUUGAAACGGAUACCCUGGUUGCCAAACUGACGUCUUCGUCCGAGGAAAUGUUUUUAUUCACACUCAACAUGGCGAAGACAGACUCUGAUACCUUCACUACGUCUAUAUCACUCACAGACUUGAAUACACGGGUAGUGUUGGAUACGGCUGAGUUUGAUCCGGAUACCAUUGUCCGUGAUUUUGCAGUCAUAGAGCAACCAACUGGACCAAUCCUCGUUGUGUAUACCCAAAACAUGAACAGCCAAUACGAUGGAGCCUUCAUAAAGUACGAGAUACUGGAUUCAAAGCUGCAUGAACAGCUCAGAUCGAGGGUACAAAAUGCAACCUUCUCGAAGCUAGUGAGUGUUGGAACGAAACUUUUUGCCUUCGGUGAUGGCUUGUGCUAUUUUGAACUUACAGAAGAAGGCUUCAGUCUGAUUCAAUCAGGCAUUGCCUCAACGGGAUUUGUAAAUUUUGUUGCUCAUUUUUCAGGUGAGAUGUUUGUGGUUACAGAUGUUGAGAGGGGUGCCAGAAUAACCGGAGUCAACGAACGGGGAAAGGUGACUGCCCUUUCCAACACGAUUCUGGAGCGCUGGCCACUCACAUGUGCUUGUUCCUUGUCAGAAGAAAUGCUGCUGGUGGGAGACGCUUUGGGAAACGUGUUCUACGUGGAUACAAUCCCAGACCAAGGCAGAUACCAGCUGAAAGUUUUCUCGUACGUCAACCUGGGCGACUCGAUUAACGUCCUGACAAAAUAUAAAGACCGCGUAAUGUGCGGAACCUCUAACGGAAAUCUUUUUCUGCUCUCAUUGGACGCUGAGUCCGAGGUUGCACCAGCUCUGUCGGAUCGGUAUGUCAUCGGCCAAAAAAAUAGCCCGAGCCCUCAACCCCAGUUUCAUCUCCACACGUUAUCCUCACUGCCAAUUACAGACGUGCCACUAUCCACCCUUCCAGUUCACCGGUACCGGCGUUGA